GUUAAGUGUCUUGCUAAGGACUGUCUUGCUGGUACUGCUAAGGACCUGUGCAUUGUACCUGUCAAAUAAACAUCACAAGCCAUCACACAGUUUGUACAAAAAGUGCCUAUUGUGCCAAAUUCAACCUUUUUGUUUGCGUUUUCAGGUCUCCAUAAUGACCCAACCUAUGAUACUGAGGGUCAUCCUGGGUGAAGACGAUGCCCGAAAAAUCGUUCUGCCAGCAGGGAGACCAGACUCCAUCGAGGAAUUGAUAAAGACGUUAAAGCAAAAUUUUGGAUUGGACCAGGACUUUCGUCUACAAUAUCAGGACGCCGAUUUUGGGAUGGAAUUUAUUAAUCUUUCAGCGAUCGCGGAAAUUGACAACAAAGCCACCUUAAAGGUGGUCUAUUUGCAUAAUUCUUCUGCAGAAGAAUCAAUUACGCUCCAGCUAGUACCUGUUGAGCACCUUGAUGCCUCAUUUUCCUCUGUUGAGCACCUUGAUGCCUCAUUUUCCUCUGUUGAGACAGAAAAUACCGAGCCUGCUUCAUCAGCUUCAUCAGCAUCGUCUUCACCCUCUGCACGGCAGAGGUCUUGGCCGAGUGUUUUCUCUAUCCCUCAAUUUAAUUAUGAGUCUGAACUACAGCUCGAAAAAGCUGAUGCUGAAUACAGCGCAAGAGGGUCUCACCUUAGCCUCCAACCAAAGCUUAAAUCUCACAUCCUGGAACGCCUGUCAGAAGAAAUUCUCAAAUUCAAAGCCUAUCCCACUGACUACGAUUUGAAUGAAGUUGCAGAAGCACUUGUGAAAAAGCAUCCAUGUUUGAGGGAGCAAGGAUCCUUCAAUGGCUGCUACGGGUGGAAGAUAAGCCUAAAAUACAAAAUGGCAAACUUCCGGUCCAAGCUGAGAGGCCUGGGAUGCUCUGAGGUAACAAUCAAUUCCCUCAAGAACAAGAACCAAGACAAGCGUUCGGCAGCGCUGAAUGUCAAAAAGCCUAGAAGGGCGGAAGUGAAUUACUGUCCGCAGCAUCCAAAAGGAGAAACCACUGAGAGUCUUGAGAAGGAAAGUGUCGCACUGCUUUCAGAAAAUAAGAAGAGGAACAAUGACUUUGUUGUGACAUUGAAAAUGGAGAACACAUUCUCAUACAGGAGGCAGGAAAUCCUUGAAGGAGAGCCCUUGGUUACAGACGUCAAGAGCAGAUGGCCAGCUCUGUUCAAUGCGAAAGAGGUGCUUGUCUUAUGUGUACUGAGGUUUUAUUAUUAGCAGUUCCUUUUUCUCUCCACUGAUGGUGAUUAAACAACUAAUGGGUCAUUGUUCAUUUUUGUGUUGGUUCUGAAAGGGUAAGUGACAUGUGCAUUAUUGUAUUUCCAGAUCAAUAAGGAGUUCCAUCGCAUAUCAACUGUACCUCUUAUCUCAACAUUCUUUGCUGCUCUUGACCGGUACACUCCCCGCCUGAUGGAGUUAUUUCAGGGCAAGGGUGGAGUGCAAGGAAGAAAAAUGAGCCAUCUCAUCGUGGACAUUUCCAAGGUUUGUAUUAAAGAGUUGAUUAUGCCUCUUGUCCCUGUGCUAUAAGAGUAUUAACAAAAAGAUGGAAUAUUGUCUCAAGUUUAUUUUUCUUCCCUCAGGACGACACAAUUGAAACAAAACGUGCAUGUGUCCUCAAGUCCUUGUUCGUCUACCUGAACGAAGACCCAGAUAAAUUAUUCAAGGAUUAUAUGAACAAGACUGUCGUGGGGGUUAUCUGAGCCAUGGUUGAGAAGGAAUUGGGGGAAAGGAACUUUGGUUUGACUCGCUGAAGUACAUGAACUGCGACAUGCCGCCGGUUGCCGCGAGGCACCAUCGCCCGGCAGCCGGCAGCAGGCAGCGCGUGGUUCAGUCGACUUCAGAACACAGACACCGAGGUCAGCGCCUGCAAGGCACAAACUGUGCUGGGAGUCUAUGCAAUGAAAAGGGAAGGCGCGGAGCCUGGAGACGAACUAGAGGACGUUGGCGUCCUCAUCGAGGGAGAGGAGGUGAUCAGCGAUCUUGGCAACAUCGGGAUGGCCUUCGUGCUUUUAUUUGGACUGAUUUACUGCCUUAACUUAACCUACCCAGCAGACCUCAAGUGUACAUUCGAAGUGGUACAGAAAAUUCUUCUCAAUCUGGAUGGGCAGAGGCUGUCCUCAAAGGCACAGUUCCUAAAAAAUAAGCUGAUGGAGUGAAUUCCCUCCAGAUAGACAGUCUGUGGAGAUUUAUUUUUAUUUUUAUAAGUUUAAAACUAGUUCAGAGGGUCUUGCAUGUUUGUUGAGCAGAGAAUCUUUUUUUGAUGGUGUGUGUGUGUGUGUGCGUGCCUGCGUAUGCGUGCCUGCGUCUGCGUGCGUGCCUGCGUGUGUGUACCUGCGUUUUUUUUGUGUGUGCGUCUGCAUGCCUG